UUUUACUUUUCUCGUUUUGAAUUUAUCGUAUUCCAUUUUAUUUUCAAGCUACAUCUAACGUGGAUAUUUACACUAGUUACAAUUUGUUUUUUAGUUAUGGAUAACCAAGAUAAUUUGUAUGCUACUAGUGACCUUCAACCUCUGACCCCACACGUGCAAGGUUCAGGAGUCGAAGUCGAUCCUGGGUGUUCUUCCGAAACACAACCAGGUUUUCUUCAUACGCAUUCGUCGUUAGAUUUAUUGAAUGUACGAAGAGAUUUAAACGAAUUGACUGGACUUUUUAAAGAGUUCGUUAAUUAUAAUAUAGGCAGGGAUAAAGAGCGGAGUUCUUCCUGCACAGCUGUAAGACCUGACCAGCAUUCACCAACUCGUCGCAAGAGGUCUUAUGAUGAAAUGUCUGUAUGUCAGACCCAUAAUUCAUUUGAGCACGAUUCUGUGUCUCACACAAAAUGUUAUCCGGAAGCUUUUUCUUCCGUUGAAAAUCAGGAUGCUAUAUCAUCCAAACGUUCAAAGCGAGUGGAUAUUGACUCGUUGUUUCAUGUGCCUUCCACAGUAAAUUCUGAGGCAUCUGUCCCAGAUCUUAAUAUGGAAGAAGAAGUCUUGGACUUUGUUGAUAAUGAGUUAUCCGAGGCAGUUUUAGACAAGAAAGGCAAGGGUCUUUCCUCUGAUAAGCUGGCCUCAAAAAUUGAGGAACAAUGGAAAAAUCCCAGCAGAAAAGCAGUUGCUCAGGUUUUUAAGAGGCACAAGCACCCUCUUAACCUUGAGAGUAUUUCUGUUCCAGCUAUGCCAAAGUUGAUAACGAAAAUGCCUUCAUUUAAGGAUUCUGUUUUGGCUAGGGAGAGGAAAUUAUAUGAUGUUCAUCAUUCUGUUGCUAAAUCCUCCCACAUAAUUUCAACUUUGGCUGAUGAUUUACUUCUUGCAGAAAAGAAUCAUAGCCUUAUUGACACAAAGGCUAUUGUUUUGAAAGCCUUUGAUGCACUAUCUGUUCUUUCUAAUGCCAGUGUCAAUAUCUCAAAUUUACGAAGGCUUAAUAUAAGACCUAUACUUAACAAGGAUGUACAGGGACUAUGUGACCCUACUCGUGAAGUCUCAAACCAUUUGUUUGGAGACGACAUUGAAAAACGCCUGAAGCAAGAAAGGGAGUCUAAACGUCUUGCCUCUGCUGCUACUCAACCGAUGCCUCAGUCUACUAGGUAUAGACAACAUGAUAGGCAGAUACCAGUGUUUAAUAGGCGAACACAGCACUCUUUUUAUAAUGGCCCUACUCAGCAGUCUUUUUUAGAGAAAGGCCAGAAGUCUCGUCCAUAUCGGCGGAAGCAGAAGCCCUACAAGGGAUAAAUCAAGCAUCUAAUGUUACUGCCAAACCGUCCACAAGCUGUGCACCCACUACAGAAGUCUCUGCAACUGCUAGCUGGCAUGAUAUCUGGAACAAAAGAUUACCAAUAGGUAUAUCAUCUGAAGCCAAAUAUAUAAUUGAUUCAUCUUGGUCAUCUGGUACUUCAAAACAAUAUUCUACCUAUUUAGACAGAUGGUUUGUUUACUGUCAAAGAGUGGACAUAUGUCCCACACAUUAUUCUAUUAAUCAUGGAAUUAACUUCCUAACAGAACUAUUUAACAAACAUAAUUUGGGCUACUCUGCUAUGAACACUGCUCGUUCAGCAUUAUCCAAUAUUAUGACACCAGAUACAAGUUCGUCAUUUGGUAACAAUCCACUCGUUAAGAGAUUACUGCGAGGGAUGUUUAACAUACGGCCGAGUAUUCCUAAGCAUGUUAACACUUAUGAUGUUGAUGUUGUGUUACAGUAUCUAAAGGGCCUAGGUGAUGCAGAUGCUAUUCCAUUUAAAAUGCUUACCUUUCGUCUUGUAACAUUGUUUUGUCUUCUAUCAGGACAGAGAGACCAAACAUUUGCUGCUAUUGACAUCAGACUUAUGGAUGUUUCUGAUGACAGAGUUGUUUGUUAUAUUGAUCAAGUUCUCAAAACAACUAGACCUGGUUUUCAUCAGUCACCUCUUGAUUUCCGUGCAUUCCCUGAUAGCAAGGCUAUUUGUCCUGUAUUUAAUACACAGCAGUACUUGUUUAGAUCAUUCUCUCUACGUGGUCCGAGAGUGAAAUUGUUUGUGAGUUAUAAAUCUCCUCAUCAAUCUGUUUGCACCUCGACCAUUUCACGUUGGGUGAGAACCACUUUGCAAUUGGCAGGAAUUGAUAUUAAUGUAUUUACCUCUCACUCUACUAGGGCUGCAUCAACAUCCAAGGCACGAAGUAUUGGCCUAUCGCUAACAGCUAUAAACAAAGCUGCAGGAUGGUCGAAUUCGAGUACUUUUGGACGUUUUUAUAAUAAGACAAUUCAUGAAAGUAACUUUGGUAGUAGCAUUUUAGCCAAUUUUGAUUGUUAAUAUUGAUUAUUUGUGUGCGUACAA